GCCCCGGAGUGUUGUCAGAACUGGGAUGUGCACAUGGUUCGAUGCUCGCUGGGAAUCUUGCUGCGUAAAAGCGAAGAAAAACGCGGAGUUUGGCGAGAAGUCAUUGGAUAAAUGUUAUUUGGCCGAUACAAUGGGAGUAGCCAGCCACGUUUUGCGCGUUUGUUGGUGUGUGGCCUGAAGCAGUAAUGGAGCGAGUCCUGUACCGAUAUCAGACAACUUUUGAUGCUUUUUAAAAAUACAAAAAUAUAUUUACGGUGUCAACAUGGCUGGGAAUGAGAAUAACCUAUGGGGACAACACGGUCUGAGCAGAGACUGCUUCGGACUGGACAUGGACCACAACCUCAGGGGCCUCCACAAGGACUUUGCUUCUCUCUCCCAUCCGCCUUACUUCUCCGACGCUUACCUCGCCUCUCAGCGUCUCCUCCGACCUCCACAAGAGGGGGACCAGGUCGUGCCUUCAGCCCAGAGAGGGUGCACCGUCUUGAGACAGCGCGCGUCCAAACCCUUACCGCCUCUUCCAGACCCCGAGGAGCUCAUGUCUGACGAAGCCGCAGACCAAGAAGUGGAGUUUUUCACUAGUGACCGACGAUGCCUGCUCCCGAAGUCCUUCCCCAAAGCCCCAUGUAAAGGAAGCAGUAAUGUCAGCUCUAGACACAACGGGCAAGUGAACUACGCUUAUCAGGAUGCAUCUUUGCUUGAUAAAGACAGUGGGAAUAUGGCGUUUUCAUGGCCUGGAUGCGAUGACAGACUACCAGCUAGAGGCAGCCAUUUCCCUGCGAAUAACUGGGAUAACGGAGAUGCAUUCUGGGGCAAACCUGACGAUUUAACCCCGAAAAUGCGCUUUUCUUGCUCUGUUCCUCCUAUUCCCGACGACAAACCAGAAGUCCCACCGCGCAUACCGAUCAAACCUAAAAACCUGACUUUUUCGAACGACGAUAAACCCCCGAAAAUCCCACCCAGAGUCCCGCUGGUACCACCCUGCCCCCCCAGAACGCCAAGCCCGAAAAGUCUGCCCAUCUACAUCAACGGAGUCAUGCCGCCCACGCAGAGUUUUGCUGCUAACCCCAAUUACGUUAGCAAGACUUUACAGCGCCAUCACAGUGAAAGGGUGCCCAGUACGACACAGUCUUCACCGUGUAUAGUGCCCAUUUUAAAAGAUGGAAGGCAAGCCAGUACCACACACUACAUCUUACUACCUCCAGGGGCGCCGGCAAGCUCAAACCGGAGAGACAGACUGCAAAGUGAACCGACCAGGAAGUCAAACGGCGGCUUCUGGAAAAAACGAUAAAUAUAAUAAUAUAACAGUAUGAAAUGGACAUUAAAGGGAUGUUAUGAAGGAGGUAUGAAUGAGGUCCAUAGUCAUUACAAGACGGUUUAAGCAAAUAGGAGGAGUGUCUGCUACUUUGGGGUAUUGAAAUGCUCCAAUCAGGUAUGGCUGUAUGACCACAGGCCCAGAAUAUUGCCCUGUACAAAAUAGACAAGAAAUAUUGAGUAAAAUUAUUUAAAAAUACCAGAAGACACUUUUAGAAACCUUUAAAAGAAACUAUAAUUGGAAAAAAUGACCACUAAAAGACUAAAAAUAGGCCAUUAGCGACAUUUAUGCUACACAAAUUAUACAAAAUUUUAUUACUAUUAUUGUUUAAAUUACUUAAAUUAAAAAAAUAUAUAAAUUUGUACCAUCAUAGUUUCCAUGGGACCUAUAGGAAACACUGUAGUGGUCUCAGAAAUCACUCAAGUGAGAGAAAAAAGUGUUUCUGGAAACAUCUACUACAGUAGGAGUAACUGGACAUGAGAUUUGAUUUAUAAUUUGUUCUUCUGAAGAACAAAAUGUUAAACCAUAUCUCAUAUUUACAGGUCAAACCACAAAAAUGAGAAAAACUCAAAGUAUUUUUGGCACUCACAGUGGAAUGAGUAACCAAGAGGACACUAUAAAAUGUAUUACUAAGAGAAGAACAAUUUUAUGACAAAUUUACUUUAUAACACUUCAGGGAACAAAUAUAUUUAACCUGUAUCAUCUUGGACCGAAUUUGAACAAUACUAAAAUCUAACAAACUGGGAACAUCCUCAAAUAACUUCUCCUCUUGUUGAGCCUGUGGUCAUAGUGCGAUACCUGGUUGCUAUGUUGUAUUAUAUAUAAAAGGGAUUAAAUGGAGUUUGUGAAUUAAUCUUAUCACAUUAUAAUUAAGCGAUAAGAGCUUGACAUCUGGACAUAGUCUUAACAUGACUAAUUACAGGGAAGUUGAUACUGAAAGAACUUCUCGUUCCUUGUAUUUUAAAGUGGUCCAGAUCGUCAGCUCUUUUCUUGACUUCGAUUAUAGUUAUCGUAAUUGACGACAUAUAAUCCCUUUAGGAUGUAAUAUGUUACCUGCCAGUAUUCCAUAGUAAAUCAAGAAAACUAACAUUCCAGUAUUUUAAUCAAUGUUAGAGAGAUAUACCUCCUGAAACCUCUGUGGAGUGGUUGGCCUUUACUCACUGAUCACUUUAUUUGGUACACUGUUUUUGUUGUGCUUCUAAAUACGAGUCACAUUACAGCAAAAAAUCCACAGGACAAAAAAGGAAUUAAAAGAAACUUGUAACCUAAAACUAAACUAAAUGUGGCAAGUUUCCUGAGUAUUAUAUUAGAAGCGAAUUUGAAGCAUUAUUGGUGUACCUAAUAAAGUGUCCGUGUGUGUAGUGAAAUGAGCCUUACCAGGACUGAACUCUUAACUGUGUACAAGCUGGGCUUGUACAGACAUGAUGUGUCUUUUUACAACUUGCUGCUUCAAUUUUACUGUAAUUAAAUGUAUUUAUAGACUUAAUUAAAUUACAAUUUAUCAAACGUAUUUUAAAGAAACAAACAUGUUAUAGUCAAUUAGUCACUUAAUUGAAUUUAUUUUUAAGUAUUUUACUUAUCGUUAUGAAAUCAUCUUCACCAAUAGAUCGUUAAUGUAGUUUUAGUAUUUUCACCUUUAAUAGGCAGAUUAUUAUAUAAACAGAUUAUAUAAUAUAAUUUUAUAUUAUCAUAUAAACAGUGUCCACACAUUAAAAUCAUACUAGUUUAGCAUCAACUUUUCAUGGGUCACUUAUAGUCUCAGAUACACCUGGAAACCUCUUAAUAUAGGCUUUUAUAUGAAAAAUGAAAUGUGUUAAAAUCAGUAAAACUGACUCUAAAAAGCAAUGGUAACUUCAGUUGAUCCGUCCUAAUGUAGAUAUGUUUCAUUGUCAGUGUUUACAGCUUCCUCUGUACAUUAUAUUGGUAAUUUUGUCUUAAGGUUUCUGAGAGUAUUGUAACAUUUGUUUAAUCUAUUUAUAGAAAUAAAGUAACUUAUUCAUUCAA